GAAAUGGGUUGAAUCCGCAAGGUUUGUCCACUCUCCCCGGAGCGCAGGAGAUCUCCCAUAAAUCUCCCCUAAUAACGGUCUGAUGGCAACGAAUCCCAGAGACUGCGUGUAAUGCCAUUGGCUCAAGUACUUCAGUAAGCAAUGCACCAUGGGACAUGUAGUCUUACAGUCUGGUAUUUAAAUAAAGGCAGAACGAUAAAUAAGCUUCGAAUGCAGAACCAGGAAGUGGGGUGGAACGCAGAACCAGGAAGUGAGGUGGAAUGCAGAACCAGGAAAUGAGGUGGAACGCAGAACACGGAAGUGAGGUGGAACGCAAAACCAGGAAGUAAGGGGGCAGGGAAGAACUAUUAUUCAGAAUCUCGUUCCUGUCACUUGUGGUACAUAAAGGGAAGACUGCUACAAUGUAUCACUACAGGCUGGAUCUGUAAAAAGCCAUACAGCGCAUUUACUGAACAGAAGUCACGUGACGCUAACACCUGUGUAUGAGUUAACGAGUCGUAUGUGCAUCAUCUAAAGUAAUGAGGAUGGACAGAGAGAGGAAUUACACGGUUGACAGGAUAUUAAGCCUCACCCUGGACAUCAUUUUUCUUCUUACUGGAGAGGAUUACACACUUGUGAAGAAGUCAAGUGAUCAUAUCCUACAUAGCAGCCGUCGCCAUAUAACAGGAAUAUAUAGAAGGACCAAGAGUCCCAUCAUGGUGCCUCCACCUCACUCACCGAUACAUGAGAGAGACAUUGAGCAGAAGAUCCUGGAACUCACCAACAAGAUCAUUCAGCUGCUGACUGGAGAGGUUCCUAUAAGGUGCGAUGAUGUCACUGUCUAUUUCUCCAUGGAGGAGUGGGAGUAUAUAGAAGGACACAAGGGUCUGUACAAUGAUGUGAUGUUGGAGAAUCACUGGCCCCUCAUAUCACCAGGUUUACCUUAUGAUGCUGAAAAUAAAUGUUUCUCCCCUAAUUCUAAGGAGGAUCCAGUCUCAUGUGAAGGAGACCUCACACACCCUGGCAAUUAUACACCCACAGGUCAUACACAACAUACAUCUCAUAUUAAGGAGGGGUCAGUCUCAUGUGAAGAAGGAGACCUCACACACCCUGGCAAUUAUACACCCACAGGUCAUACACAGUAUACAUCUCAUAUUAAGGAGGGGUCAGUCUCAUGUGAUGGAGGAGACCUCACACACCCUGGCAAUUAUACACCCACAGGUCAUACACAGUAUACAUCUCAUAUUAAGGAGGGGUCAGUCUCAUGUGAUGGAGGAGACCUCACAGACACUGACAUGUAUACACCCACAGGUCAUACACAGUAUACAUCUCAUAUUAAGGAGGGGUCAGUCUCAUGUGAUGGAGGAGACCUCACACACCCUGGCAAUUAUACACCCACAGGUCAUACACAGUAUACAUCUCAUAUUAAGGAGGGGUCAGUCUCAUGUGAUGGAGGAGACCUCACAGACACUGACAAUUAUACACCCACAGGUCAUACACAGUAUACAUCUCAUAUUAAGGAGGGAUCAGUCUCAUGUGACGGAGGAGACCUCACACACACUGACAUGUAUACACCCACAGAUCACACACAGUAUAAAGCUACUCAUAUUAAGGAGGGAUCAGUCUCAUGUGACGGAGGAGACCUCACACACACUGACAUGUAUACACCCACAGGUCAUACACAGUAUACAUCAACUCAUGUGAAGGAGGAAUCAACCUCAUGUGAUGCUGAAGACCUGACACACACUGACACGUAUACACCCCCAGGUGUUACCCAGUAUACAUCUACUCAUAUUAAGGAGGAACCGGUCUCAUUUGAUGGAGAAGACCUGACACACACUGACAUGUAUACACCCACAUAUCAUACACAGUAUACAGCUACUCAUAUUAAGGAGGAACCAGUCCCAUGGAAUGGAGAUGACCUCAGACACACUGACAUGUAUACUUCCACAGAUGGUACAAAGGUACAAUAUACAUCUACUUACCAAACUGCACAUAUCGCAGGUCAGACAUGUUACUGCCCUGAGUGUCAGAAAAGUUUUACUAAAAGCUCAGAUCUUCUCCGACACCCGAUUGUCCAUAAAAGUCUCCGGCCAUUUAUAUGUUCAGAAUGUGGGGAAUGUUUUUCAACGGUUUCGCGUCUUGCUGUCCAUCGGAGAAUUCACAAAGGAAUGAAGGUCUACCCGUGCACGGAGUGUGGGAAGUGUUUUGGCUGCAGGGCCCACCUCACCCUGCACCAGCGAACUCACACGGGAGAGAGGCCCUUUUCCUGCCCUGUGUGUGGAAAGUGCUUCAACCGUAAUGCCCAUUUGACAGUGCACCGCAGGAUUCACACGGGAGAGAGACCCUAUUGCUGCGCUGUCUGUGGGAAGUGCUUCAACUGCAGCGCAAGCCUCAUUGUCCAUCGACGCAUCCACACUGGGGAAAAGCCAUAUCCCUGUCCUGAAUGUGGGAAACGCUUCAUUACUAACUCAGACCGGACUAAGCACCAGAAGGUCCACACGGGCGCCAAGCCCUUUAUAUGCUCCAGCUGCAGCAAAAGUUUUGCCUGCAGUUCAAACCUGACUAAACACCAGAAAAUCCACGCCAGAGGGAAGCCAUUUUGUUGCACGGUUUGUGGAGAAAGUUUUGCCCACGAUGCACUGCUGGCAAGACAUUAUAUGACGCACACAAACCAAUCUAAGAAGAUGGAGACUGACCAGGUGCAAAUGACGGAGAACAUAAUAAAUAUCACCCUGGAGGUCGUCUUUCUGCUGACCGGGGAGGAUUAUACAGUGGUGAAGAAGACUGGUGAGCAGGCCACACCCAUCGCCAACUUCUGUGUACCAAGAGGAUUGGCCGAGAGCCAGACCUUCAUCACGGAGCUUCCACCUCACUCCCCUAUACAUGAGCCAACCAAUGACCGGAAGAUCCUGGAACUCACAAACAAGAUCGUUCACCUGCUGACUGGAGAGGUGUGGAAGUAUUUGGGAAACACUACUCUAAACAAUGACACAGGGACGGAGAAUCAUCAAGAAAUCACAUUACCGGGGUCUUCGGAUUGUAUGCAGUCUGAGGACGUACCUACCAGUAUUAAGAACGAAUCCGUAUUAUAUGCAGAAGGAAGACUCACAGAUGCCGAUAUGGCUGUCCUUGCCUAUACACAUGCACAGCAACACACGGACAGACCUAAUGAGACGGAUCCUGUGUCCUCUGAAGGUAGUCCACUCACAGACCCAGACGCGGAUACAGAGUGCGCGUCAGCCCAGACUGUAUCUCGCAUUAAGAAGGAGUCUGCGACAUGCGACGGAGGAAACCUCACAGGAGCCGGCAUUUCCACACCCACGGGUCAUCUGCAAACACAUAUAUCUGAUCAUCUAAAGGGGGGAUCCACCAUAAGGGAAGAGAGAAACCUUGGUGACGCUGACCUUUAUACACCGGUGGACGCUACACAGUAUACAUCUCAUCUUAAAGAGGAAUCUGCCUCAUCUGCAGGAAAAGACCAACUGGAUGCUAAAACCUGUACGGCCGCAGACCACCAUGCACAGUAUCGGCCUACCCACAUCAAGGAGGAAUCGGCCUCCUGCAAAGGAGACAUCGCCGAAACGGAUAUUUUUAUACCCUCCGAUUACUCUUCUUCACCUGUUGAGGAAUGCAACAGAGAGGAGGACAGUGACCCACUAUUACAUGAAGGGAAUUCCUCCGUGGCGGAGACUGCGUACGACGAGCGGCUGUAUAACGAACCAUUCCCCCUGUCUCCCCGAUCAAUGCCGGCCACCGACCGGCGCUAUCAGUGUCAGGAGUGCGAUAAAUGUUUCACCAGAAACUCUGACUUGCUCAAGCACCAGAGGGCUCACAGCAGGUCGCAGUCCAUCAUAUGUUCAGACUGCGGCAAGUGUUUUGCCAAGAACUCCAUGUACGUCCGGCAUCAGAGGAUCCACACUGGGGAGAAGCCUUUCUCCUGCUCCGAGUGCGGCAAGUGUUUUUCGGUCAGUGGGCACCUCUCCACCCACCGGAGAACCCACACGGGGGAGAAGCCCUUCGCCUGCUCAGAUUGCGGAAAGUCGUUCAGCCAGAAGGCAUCGCUUAUUAAGCACCGGAGGACCCACACCGGGGAGAAGCCCUUCGUCUGUCCCGACUGCGGCAAGUGCUUCACAAGCAGCACCAACCUCACCCUGCACCAGCGGGUCCACACCGGGGAGAAGCCAUACUCCUGCUCCGUGUGCGGGAAGCGGUUCCGGAGUAGCCCCAAUCUCAUGUCACACCAAAGGAUCCACACGGGGGAGAAGCCCUAUUCCUGCGCCCAGUGCGGGAAGUUCUUCACCAACAGCUCGGUGCUAGUCAGACACCAGAGGACUCAUACGGGGGAGAAGCCCUUUCUAUGUUGCGAGUGCGGGAAGAGUUUCACCCGGAACUCCCAGCUUAUCAAGCAUCAGAUGAUUCACGCUGGGAAGAGACCGUAUUCAUGCACAUAUGGCUGUUCUCCCUCUAUACACGGGCAGUGUGGCCUCCGCUGGAAGCUGCUUAUUACAUUGGCAGCGCCACAGUUACUAGAGGAACACAAUGUGUUACAAGCAAAAGGAAAAGGUGAUGGCAAACAGUCCCAAUAUUCAAGUCUGGGUGAAGAGCUGACUCAUGUUAAAGAAGAAAAUAUAAAGGAAGAAGAGGAGACGUAUGUGACAGGUGAUCAGCAGUGUAAGGAGGAGGAAAUCCCUACAGAUAUCAGCACAGAUUUAAAAAUAGAAGAUGACAUCAUCACAGGAAAUUCUCCAGGAGAAAGCACCAUUACUCCAAAUAUACAUUCAAUCCAUCACAGUGCAGAUGUGUUACCUGAUCCCCCUGAUAAUGAGAAAUGUUCCACUGAUGACUCCAAUAUUAGUACAGCUUGCAAAAUAUUUUCCUGUUCUGAAUGUUAUAAGUGUUUUCGACGUAAGUCAGACUUAGUUAUACAUCAGAGAACCCACACAGGUGAGAGGCCAUUUCCAUGUUCUGAGUGCGGGAAAUGUUUUAGUGAGAAGGCAAGUCUUGUUAAACAUCACAGAACUCACACAGGGAUAAAGCCGUUUCCAUGUUCUGAGUGUGGGAAAUGUUUUACACAAAAAUGUGGUCUUGUUGUACAUCAGAGAACUCACACAGGGGUGAAGCCGUUUCCAUGUUCUGAGUGUGGGAAAUGUUUUACACAAAAAUAUGGUCUUAUUUCACAUCAGAGAACUCAUACAGGGAUGAAGCCGUUUCCAUGUUCUGAGUGUGGAAUACGAUUUACAGAUAAAUCACGUCUUGUUAAACAUCAGAAAACUCACACAGGUGAGAGACCAUUUCUGUUUCUAUGUUCUGAAUGUGGGAAAUGUUUUACAUGUAAAUACCGUCUUGUCUUACAUCAGAGAACUCACAGAGGGGAAAAUCUGUUUCCAUGUUCUGAGUGUGGGAAAUGUUUUAUGACGAAAGCAGCUCUUGUUGCACAUCAGAGAAUUCACACAGGGGUAAAGCCGUUUCCAUGUUCUGAGUGUGGGAAAUGUUUUAGAAUGAAAGCAACUCUUGUUGUACAUCAUAGAAAAAUUCACACAGGGGUAAAGCCGUUUCCAUGUUCUGAGUGUGGGAAAUGUUUUAUGAUGAAAUCAGCUCUUGUUGCACAUCGGAGAACUCACACAGGGGAGAAACUAUUUCCAUGUUCUGAGUGCAAGAAAUGUUUUGCAUUGAAUUGCGAUCUUGUUAAACAUCAGAGAAUUCACACUGGUGAGAAGCCAUUUUUAUGCUCUGAGUGUGGGAAAUAUUUUGCACAAAAACUAGGUCUUCGUUUGCAUCAGCGAACUCACACAGGGGAGAAGCCGUAUCGAUGCUCUGAGUGUGGGAAAUGUUAUUCAGAAAAACCAAAACUUAAAAGACAUCAGCUAAGCCACACAAAGGAGAAGCCAUUUCCAUGUUCUGAGUGUGGGAAAUGUUUUACGCUUAAAGUAGUUCUUGUUGCACAUCAGAGAAUUCACAUAGGAGAGAAACCGUUUCCAUGUUCUGAGUGCAAGAAAUGUUUUGCAUCGAAUAGAGAUCUUGUUACACAUCAGAGAAUUCACACUGGUGAGAAGCCAUUUUUAUGCUCUGACUGUGGGAAAUGUUUUCGACAAAAACAAGCUCUUCGUUUGCAUCAGAGAACUCACACAGGGGAGAAGCCAUAUCUAUGCCCUGAGUGUGGGAAAUGUUUUUCACAUAAACCAAAACAUUGUAAUCAUAAGCUAAGGAACACAGGUGAGAAACAAUAUCCGUGUUCUGAGUGUGACAAAAGUUAUACACGUAAAGAUCAUCUUCUUAGACACCAAAAAAUACACACACAAGAGUAAUGCAAUACCCGAGAGAUGAGGCGCAAGAAACAGCCUGGCUGCAAUAUAAAUAUAUGAUAUACUCAUAUUU